CGAGCGCACGGCGCAGCAGAGGAGCGGAGCCGGUGCGCCCUUUCUCCACGUCGGAAAGAGCUGCCAAAGAAGACAACAUAGACUUUACCCGCAACAACUGCAUUUUAUUCUUGUGGCAUACACCUGCAACUUAAUUCUAAUUAAUCCGGGGGGAAAACUGGAGAAGGGAUACUUAAAGUGGGAACAUCCCGGGACCAGAGCCAAUAUCGCCUCGCCGUCAGCGCCACUUGCAAUGGAAUAAUCUGACAGGGUUAUAAGACUUGAAAAAAAUCAAACUGUGGAGCCGAGUGGACAAAAGGGGGGCUGAGGUAGCCCGUGAAGUUUCUCUGUGUGUCAGUCCUUUUUUUUUUUUUUUUUUUUUCUAAGGAGCCAAGCAGACCAGAGAAAGUGUUUGUGGAGGAUAGUCCCUGUUCAAUGCGUCGGAUCCCCGCAGCUCCUGAUGGACUGAGCACGGUGGCAUUUGGAAUAGCCUGCCCGUUUUUCACCACUUUCAACCGAUAUCUCAGACCGAAAUGCUGCCCUGUGUAAUUUUCAUCGGCUUGUUUCUUACUGCGGCCAGAUCCCAAGAUAUCCAUCCCUCAGAGGCAUCAUCCUCUAUUAGUGAGUCCUGUGACUCCUUGUGCUCCUGUGAGGUGAAAGAUGGCAUCCUUCAUCUUAACUGCGAGCAGAGAAACAUCAGCAAAAUCUCCCAAAUCAAAGUCCCGUCAGGUGUGCCUUUCCACCUGAACCUUUACAAGAAUGACUUGGUUGAGCUCCGUGCCGAGGAAAUGGAGGGGCUUAGGAAUGCCCUGUCACUGCACAUCGGGGCUAAUAGCAUACAAGAGUUGGAGCCAGGGGUCUUUAGCACUCUUGGUUCGCUGAAAAAACUCCACAUAAAUAGCAAUUUCCUCGUCACUCUGAAAGAGGACACCUUUCACGGCCUGGUGAAUUUAGAGUUUCUCCAAGCCGACACAAAUUUCAUUCGGGUCAUUGAGCCUGGGGCCUUCAACAAGCUGAUCCGCCUCAAGGUCCUUAUCCUCAAUGAUAAUUCCAUUGAGUUUUUACCCAGCAACAUCUUUCGGUUCGUGCCCCUCACCCACCUAGACCUGCGUGGCAAUCAGCUUCAGACACUCCCUUAUGUUGGGUUUCUGGAGCACAUUGGACGGAUAAUGGAGCUUCUUUUGGAGGACAAUGAUUGGGUCUGUGACUGUGAUAUUUUACACUUAAAAAUCUGGAUGGAGAACAUGAGGGCCCAGUCGGCGAUUGGCGAGGUGGUGUGCAGCAGCCCUCACCACCUCAGGGGAACCAUUCUGGCCAAAGUCAAGCGGGAUGUUCUCUGUCCAUCCCAUGCAGAUAUUAACCUGGAGGAGCCAUCAAAGUCACUGGAUAUGGUUGUUACUCCCUCAUCCAAAGUGGCUCAGAUUCCCAAGCUGAUGGACGCCAAGGAUGACGCCAAGAUACCGACUCCCUCUCAGAUUCCCAGCAGUCCUUGUGUGGAACAAUGUUCCUGCCACAAUCACCCUGUGGCUGGAUUUUUGAUGCAUUGUCAGGACAGGGGGAUUCAAAAGGUAUCAGAUAUCGGAAUACUUCAGCAGAGCCCCACCAAGCUGGUCAUGACAGGAAAUAUGAUUCAGAAACUGUUGAAAUACGAUUUUGUCACAUACGAUAGUUUAGAACUGCUGAACCUGGCGAACAACAGAAUUGAUUACAUUGAUAACGAAACGUUCCUCAGCCUGAGCAGUUUGAAGAAACUUUAUUUGAACGGCAACAGAAUCGAAAAGUUGGUAUCCACAAUGUUUGUGGGGCUUCACAACCUUGAAUACCUGUAUCUGGAAUACAAUCUUAUCAAAGAGAUUGCUCCCGGCACAUUUAAUCCCUUGCCAAACCUCAAGCUGUUGUCACUGAAUAACAACCUGCUCAGCUCUCUUCCAGCGCAGAUAUUUCGCAAUGUGCCCCUCACCAAAUUAAACCUGAGGAAAAAUCUACUUAUGCACCUGCCAGUGAGCAACGUGCUUGAUCAACUUGACUCACUAGAGCAGAUUUAUUUAGAGGACAACCCCUGGGACUGCAGCUGUGACUUGCUCAGCCUCAAACAAUGGGUGGAAAAACUGAGGAAGGACACAGUUGUGGGCUCCAUUUUGUGUCACACCCCAAAGAAAGUGGUGCAGGCUGAGCUGAGGAGCCUUCGUCAUGAGUUGCUCUGUCCUGGUUUAGUGACUUUUUACUCCUUGGCCCCAGGUGGAGAGGAGAGCGUCACAGCCACACUGGGGCCCGAUGAUUCUAGCAGGGGCUUGCUCAGCUCACUGACUGACACCAUCCCACUCUCUGUGCUUAUCUUGAGCCUUCUCAUUUUCUUCCUCAUGAUUAUAUUCUGCUCAGCGGGGAUGGUGGUGUUUGUGGUGCACCGGAGGCGGCGGAGGGCAAAGAAAAAGGCAGCGGAGGAGCAGCCAAGAGAAAACAACAGCAGCAGUCCCAUUCACUUGCACUACAGCAUGUACGGGCAGAAAACCACGCACCACACGCUCACGCAAAGAGCGGGGUCCGCCACUCUGUACGAAGAGAGAUCGCACAGUCCGAUCGUGCAGAUCUGCCGCAACCCCACCUACUGCGCCCAGCACAAGGAGCACGAAGCAGACUUGGAUUACAACCUGGACGAACCCACCGCCAAGCAUCACCUCUGCCGGAGUAUCAUGGAGAAGGAGAACACGUCUCCUCUCACGGGGAACCCCAACCCGAAAAUCAGACCCAUGCCUGGAGAGUGCCCCGCGGAGUUUGUCACUCUCGGGAACCCCAACUCCCUAUAUAGGAACAUUCUAGAGAGGGAGAAGGAACUCCAGCAGCUUGGAAUAACAGAGUACCUUAGGAAAAACAUGCCUCAGCUUCAGUCCGCUGUGGAGAUGCAGGUCCCGGGGCACCAGGAGGAGUUGAAGCUCAUGGAGACAAUUAUGUACUCGAGACCGCGCAAGGUCAUGCUCGAGCAAACUAAGAACGAGUACUUUGAACUAAAGGCUAACUUGCACACUGAGCCAGACUACCUGGAGGUUCUGGAGCAUCAAACUGCAUUUAACUGAACUUGGGGAAGAAAACAAAAAAAAAAAAAAUAAUGUUAUGUUCUCAAACAAGUGCCUUGUCUAAUUUGCCCUCUUGUACUUUCCACAGUAUGAAAUAUAUACCACGGACACAUCACAUAGCAGUGUAAUUGUAGCACAGAAUGUAACUGCUUUAUUCUCCUAUUGUUUUUUUUUUGGUUUUGUUUUGUUUUGUUUUGUUUUUUUUCUGUUGACAGCCAUGUUAUGUAGCCGGUGACAGGUAUAACAUUUUGGCCAAAUGUAACUUCAAGAAACUAUUGCAGGGUGUCGAGAGCACUCUUGGGGGUUGAGAAGCUCUUUGAAAUCCAUUCAAUCAUCUUUCUGUGAUUGAUUAAACUUAGAUGGCCCAUUGCUGCCAAACGAAUUGAUCCUCAAAGUGUGAGCCCAUCCGUCUGACACAUUGGCAGGAUAAAGCAGACGUUCCAAAAAUAAGUGAGCGAAUUUCAACCACCGCUUGACCCAGAAUUGCUGUUUUUUUUAAUCAGUCGAUCUCGGCUCUUUGGAUAUGACCUGAUUACUCCCUCUGUCGAUACAAGCCAGUCUGUUAGGCCGCAGUGCUGUAGCUACUAUGCUCAUUGUGCCGUAGAGUCAGCGAAAUGCCAACUGGACUUUGGACAACACGGAUGGGAGUUUUGCAUAUCCAUGGUUCCUGUGCUGUUCUCCCGUUAGUGCUUUUGACCAGUCGGACACUGCGCAUCCAUUUCCGUUGUUGGACAUUUAUUUAUUUUCCAUUAAGCUAGUGGUAAUCACAAAAAGGAUGUUAAUACAGUUUUUAUUUUAAUUAGUAUAUAGAGCACUUAAAGUAUAUUAUAUACAACUGUAAUCUUGUAUAAAAAAAAAUGCAUUGCACUAAUCAAAUGCCAUAAGGUGGUGCAUGACAAUCAACACAACGUCCUGCUGAUACAUUUUUUUUGUUGUUGUUGUUUUUCUUUCUGCCAUAAAGAGCCACAAAUGUGUGUUUAUAGUCUGUGUGCAUAUGAGCCACAAAUGUGUGUACUCUGUGUGUGUGUGUGUGUGUUGUUUGUUUGUGUAUGUGUGAAUGCGUGUGAGGUUGUGGCUCAUUUCGCAAUUUUAUGUCUGACAAAAUAAUGUGUGCUCAAACGUCACUCGGCAACAUCGCUCAUUCGUUGGGGCGAUGUGUUUUGAGCGGUGUAUUUUUCAGUGAUUUUCGAGGCAGGGUGUUUUUUUUUUUUUUUUUUCGUUUUUUUUUUGAUGAUGAGCGAUGUUGCCCAAAAGUUAAGUCGCAGCUUUUCCACGGCGGAGACACGCUGCCAGCUGACAAAGGCCAACUUCUCUCAGUUCCCCAGCUCAUAGCGAACCGAUGGACUGAUGGCGGCUGAGGUGGCUUGCGAUACGGGACACUGUCAUCAUUCAGGAUUUAUAUGCACUCCAUUCAUAUUCUUGGAGAUCCAUAUUCCAACUUUGAAAUGGUUCAUGUAAGCACACACACACUCUGUAGCUUUUGUACCUAUUUAGAUCGAAUUAUUUAUUCUGUAUAUUUUGUAUAUACUUACGUUUCAUUAUCUUUGUUUUUUGUGUGCCUUCAGUGCUGUACAGAAUAUAAACAGAAGUUGUAACUGAUGAACAGAAAAUAAAGAAAUGCAAUAUUACAUAACUUGGAAAAUAAG